AUGGGUUCUUGUGCUUCAGUUCAUAAAGGUACUGCACCAGAGUCAGCCAUGAAACUGGGAGUGUCAUUUAAGCCUGAAAAAGACAAGCUUGUGAUUCCAGAAUCACCCAUCAAGGAUAAUAAACAGCCAACUGGUCACUCUCCGAUCAAGACUUUUGGAGACUUCGCCCUUUGUGAUGUGCCUGACCCAGCCCACUGGAGGCCUGAUAAUGUUUUGGUAAAACUGUCUGUCACGUGUAGUAAAGAAGAAACAUUUUUUGAUUCUCGAGCCUGGUUAGACUCAGACUGUGAAGAUGAUUUCCACAGUGUGAAUGGAGAUUUUACUCCUUCGCGUGGCAAUACCCCAGUCCACCAUAGUUCCUCUGCUGAGACCCCUCAGGUCAACACAAUCCCUUCAGACGGCAGGCCUCCUGGUUCCGUACAAGAACCAUCUCCUACUGGGAAGAAAAAGAGAUUAUCUGAACUUUUCAAAGAUAGCAUUAGUGAAGACCGAGAUGUAGAUGACCUACAAACUUCAGGCUCAUUCAAGCAGAACAUUGCCAAUGGGAAGAUAGUCAAGCCAACCAUACUCGAUGUCCUUCCCAAAUCUGCCAAUGCUACCCCUUUUCUCUCUGGAACUAACUCUGUCUCUAGUAGUGAAAGGACUCCUAAUGGAGUUGCCCUAAUUGAGAAGGAGAGAUCAUCUAAAUCUCUUCAAUGUUGCCUCCCGAGCCUGAUUUCUUGCCGUAGUUUUAGUGAUAGAAAGAAGAAAAGUCAAGCCAUAGCUGUGUGA